CUUCAGGCAUUUCUGACAAUUAGUAUGGAAGUAAUCUUUGAUGGAGAGCUAAACUGCUCACCUUGUUUCAGAAGUCUUUAGAAUGAUAUUAACAACUACCUUUCUUAUAAUCACGGUCCUGGUUAUACUUCUGAUAGUGGACAAAUGUGCGGAGGCAGCGGCGGUAGAUGUGACUCUGAAAAUGUACCACAAUGAUACCACAAUCUGCUCAGCAGGAAUAUCGGGAGUUGGGUGUGAUUUUAAGUUCACUAUGGUUUUCGAAGGAGUUUCAUCAAGCCUUACGUACAAAACGGUUGUAACGACGGAUUUUACGGCUGACGCUAGCAACAACAUAAACUUCAAAACAGGAAACGACGCCUUAAAGUCUGGAGUUUUUAAUCCAAUAACGAUAAAUCUUAAUUCUGUGGAGGAUUUAAAAAUGAAAGUUAAUGUGGUUGAUGCUGAUUAUUUAUUUGAUGAUAAAAUUUCUGACUUCACGAUGAACCUUGACAUAAAAGGAAAAUCAAGCAAUGUUGAACACCUUGUAAAACACACAACUGCUCAGGGAUCAGGGCAAUUCCAAAUAUCAUACAAGGUUUAUUGUGAUGGUAACCAUGGUGGCAUUGGUUGUUGUGGGUGCAUAAAUAACUACUACAACACUAACUGCACCAAGUUCUGUCAGCCGAUCAACAAUUUUACUUGUGAUAGUAACGGUGACCACAUUUGUAAGCCGAACUACUACAACACGAGUUGCAAUGUCCACUGUGUUCCUACAUCUCAAUACAACUGCUCUCAAAACGGGACCAGGGACUGCUUGGGAAGAUGGACCGGAGAUAAAUGUGAUGUUCAAACUCCCUGCCCAUCAGGGAAGUUUGGUAUGAACUGUUCCGUAAAUUGCACGGCAGUUCCUAAUCAAUACACCUGCAACUCGACAACCGGAGAAAAAGUUUGUGAAACUCACUGGACAGGUUCAGAAUGUGAUUCCUGUUCACCAAACUAUUACGGUGCUAACUGUGACACUUUCUGUCAAGCCAGUGCAGCUAUGAACUGUAGUAAUACUGGGGAGAAGGAAUGUUUGGGACAUUUUACAGGACAGAACUGUUCUCUUUGUGAGACAGGGUGGUAUGGGAGUGGAUGUGAUCUUUAUUGUGAUCUCAACAGUACAUUGUGGACUUGUGAUGACCAUGGAAGUCACAUCUGCAACGGAAAGAGAACUGGAGUUUAUUGCACGGACUGUGUCCAAGAUUGGUACGGUGCACAAUGUUCAGUAAAUUGCACAAAAGUUCCUGGCCAAUACGAUUGCAACUCAACAACCGGGAGAAAAGUUUGCGAAGGACACUGGACAGGUUCAGAAUGUGAAACUUGUGCAGCUGACUAUUUUGGCCCUAACUGUGACACUUUCUGUCAAGCCAGCUCAGCUUGGAACUGUAGUGAUACUGGGGAGAAGGAAUGUUUGGGACACUUUACAGGACAGAACUGUUCUCUUUGUGAGACAGGGUGGUAUGGGAGUGGAUGUGAUCUUUAUUGUGAUCUCAACAGUACAUUGUGGACUUGUGAUGACCAUGGAAACAAGAUCUGCUCUGGAGAAAGAGCUGGAACAGACUGUACGGAUUGUAAGCAAGGUUGGUUUGGACAAGAUUGUUCAGUAGAGUGUACAGACACAGAGAAAUACAAAUGUACAGACCAGGGCGACAAAACUUGUACUUCUAACUGGAACGGUCCUAACUGUGAUAGAUGUAAGGAAAUGUAUUUCGGACCGAACUGCACGUGCAAAAGAGAGCCAGGAAGAGCGGAGUGUGACAACGAGGGGGUGUUACAUUGUCUGGGACACUGGACUGGUCAGCUCUGUGAUAUCUGCAUUCCCGGAUACUCUGGACCUCUGUGCUUGAUACAGAAUGAGGCGAGCGCUCUGGAUUCUUUGCCAAGGUUCAGCAAGUCGCUGCUCAUAUUCUGCAUAAUGACGGGGGUGGUAUUUAGUCUUGCAGCCGGCAUUGCUCUAUAUGGAGUUUUCAAUGAUAAGAGGAUACGCAGACGAUCAUCCCUGAAGAUCAAACCAGCACUGGAGCCUAGCGUACACUGGAGCCUAGCGUACAAGAAUCCUCAUUAUGUUGAAACACCCUCACCCACAACAGAAACUAAGAUCCGUAUUGAAUUUAUUGAGGACAUGUAAUGACUGAUGUGUUUUUUGAUUUAAAUUUUGGAUCGUUCGCAUAUUAGGUAAGCCAUUAUUUGGCCAUUUAGACCUACACCCCACCCUCUGUUAGCCACUUUACACAAAGUGUGUGGAAACUACAGUAAGCUUUUCCAUACCUCCUCCCCCUAAGCUGGCUUACGUAAUUUGUGGACAAUCUGAUUUGAGUUCGUUUAUUUCGAUGAAAUGUAUGAUAUUUUUGAUACUUCAAUAUUACUACAAAAACAAAAAUUAAGUAAUGGUGGCGUCAGAAUGUUUUAAUGACAGUUUUUAGGGUGGCAACACCUGUUCACCAUGACCAACUGUGUUUUCCCUGCUUUGAAUGUGUAUGUUUUCUGUAAAUUUUUGUAUAAAUUUGAGCGAUUUUAAGAAAA